AUGGCGACACUCGCUCCGGAGGAUUUCCCGCAGAUGUGGCAGCGGCCGAGCUACGAGGAGCUCUUGGCCAUUCUGCAAAGCCUGGAACUCAGCCCGCCCGUGUGGAACCACAGACAGAAGCAGUCCGACAUUAUUGCGCAUCAAGAGUCACUCGCUACCCAGCGCAAGGCUGAGGUGACACGCUACAUCUCGUCCGUCAUCAAGAGCCCCCUCGCGUGGAUCGACGACUACGACAAGCAAGAGACGCUUUGGGAGCUGGCGAGCAAGCGCAUGUCCGAGAGAUGUGGCAGGACCGCCAUGGGCGAAGUCACGAGGCGGUGGCCGUUUGACGGAGACGGAGUUGCGUGCGAGCCGUUUGAGCUGAUCAUCAAGGAGCCGGCUCUGACGGGCGACUCACUUGGCUUCAAGACUUGGGGCUCUUCGUAUGUGCUAUCGCGCCAUUUGCCCCGGCUUGCUGCAACGUCGCUGUUCAAGCUCUUUGAUGAGACUCUUGGUCAGCCGCGUCCUACGGUUCUGGAGCUCGGAUCGGGGACUGGGCUGUUGGGUGUUGCGGCUGCGGCUCUGUGGCAGACGCAUGUCAUUCUCAGCGACUUGCCGAACAUUGUUCCCAACCUCAAGGACAAUACGGAGAAGAACAAGAUCUUGGUUGAGUCUCGAGGAGGAUCCAUGUCGGUCGGGCCGCUUACUUGGGGCGGAGAGGAAGACGAGAUUGACCAAGAGCUCUUUGGUGAACCCUUUCAGUUCAAGCUCGUUCUCGCCGCUGAUUCCUUGUACGACGAUGAUCACCCGGCACUUCUCUCUUCAGCAAUCUGCCAGAAUCUCGCUCUCGGUUCGGAAUCCAGGGCGGUGGUCAUGGUGCCUAUGAGGGACAACAUCACGCGAACUCUUUUGGAGGCCUUCAAACAGGCCAUGCUGGACCUCGAGACGCCGCUGUUCUGCGAAGAGGAGAGUGAGCUCGCUGGUGAGGAUGAUUGGGGCGAGGACGAGGAAGAGGGCCAAGUCAAGUGCUGGCUGGGAAUCUUUUCGCGUGGGGGGUCACCUUUGACGACGUGA